AUGAAUGUGAUGAUUGCAGCUCAACUCGGUCAAAGCAUCUCACAAACUCCAACAACAGAACCUGUUCCAAUUGUGGCCGUUGCAAUGGCUUGUUUCUCAGUAGGCCUAUGUAUCUUUUGCUUGUUCGUCACGCUCAAUCAACUCAAUCAACUUAGACGUCAGCAGAAGGAGCACCCAGAACCUAUUCUUGCUGAAACCAAUAAUAGAUUGGAGGAUUUUGUUCCUUCUGAAAUGCUGACACAGAAUCCGACAUUGGAGUAUCGACUUCCACUUGAAAGGGAGACUCUUCUUCCAUUUCAUAUGAUUCAGAGUAAGGCGGCGUGCAACAUUCAUCCAGACUAUCAGGCAAAGGCAAGUCACACGUUUGCUGCUGGGUUGAAAGCUCAUCCUCGUGGAGUCUGUCUUCGUAUUCUUCCGUCGUUUGGUUGA